AUGUUCGAUUACAAGCCCCACUACAUCAAUAUACUUCCCCAUUUCAAUGGGAGGUCUAAUGAUGAACCGUACACGCAUUUGGCGGAGUUUUCAUCUAUAUGUAGCACAACCGGGGGGCAUAAUUUUGCGUUGGAAGAAGUCAAGCUUCGGUUAUUUCAGUUUUCGCUAAAAGACAAGGCGAAACAAUGGUUUCUUACACUUCCGGCGAAUAGUAUUCGAACACGGGGUGAGAUGCAACAAGUAUUCCUUAACGAAUAUUACUCGAUGGCAAAGACCGAUGAUGCUAGAGAUGAAAUAAGGUCUUUCUGUCAACUAUCGAGUGAACCGUUGCAUGAAGCAUUCACAAGGUACAAGGAAUUGAUUCCAAAAUGCCCACAUCAUCAAAUCGAAAAGUGGGAGUUGGUUAAAUGCUUUGUGAGAGGAUUGGAUGACGAGACAUGGAAUCGCCUUGAGUCAACGAGCAAUGGAACUUUAUUAAGCAAUCACGAGGAUGACGAUUGGGAGUUCCUUGAAAGGAUGAGUAAAAGAUCAAAAGCGAAAGAGUCAGCCGAUCGAGCAAAAAUGCACCCCACCUCAAGGUGUUGGCCCGAUCGUGAUGCGAAUUCUAAGGAUCGAAUUGAAACGUUAGAGCGAGAGUUGGCUCUCAUGAAGAAAAGGGAAGUGAAUGCGGUGCAAUACGUCGUAUGUGAAGAAUGCAAAGACAUUGGUCACCGGAAUGAGAAUUGUCAAGCCACCGUAGAGGUAAAUCAAGUGUAUGGGGACCGAAGGCAAUAUGAUUUCAACUCCAACACUUACCACCCCGGGUUGAGGAACCAUCCUAACUUUAGGUAUGGUAAUGCCUCCAGCCAAAUGAACCCGAAUUUUCAAUCGGGGAAUCAAGGUGGGUAUUCGCACCAAACUCGCCAAAGAAGUUACAAUCAAGAUGGUCACCGGUCGAUGAAUAAUCAAGGAGGUGGUGGUGAUUUGAGUGCCAAAAUGGAUGCAAUGGUUUCGAUGAUGCAAAAGUCCAAGAAGGAGAACGAAAUUCGGGACAAAUCACAUGAAGCAUUAGCAAAACAAGUGGGCCAACUUGCGGAGGAAAUGGCACAAAUGAGGGGAGCAUGGGAAAGCUCCCAAGUGACACCAUGGUGA